AUGUUUGCUCCAGGUCAAGAACAGAUCUCCAAGGAAGAGAUCAAGGCUGGUGAGAUCGAGGCUAGCCAGACCGUCCAGAUGGCCCUUGCCGGUGGUUUCCUCCUCUACCUCUCUCCCUUCGCUGUCGACUUCGUUCGCAAGUUCCUUUAA